AUUCCGAUCCGGGACCCGACGACUACGGCUACCUUGUGAGUUUUGGCCGCGCUCACCGAGAAACGACGCACCUGGAAGAACGUUCCGACGUUACAGACAUAACAUAAUAUACAAGUAUACGAGCCAUCAGAGACCAUCCGUUCAAUUCGUCGACGGUGCAGUCAUGUGCCGUGCAUCGUACCGUCAGCAUCCGAAAAUGGGCCCGAUGCCGAAGAACCACAGCAACUCCUACGCCAACCGUCUCAACGAUUUGAAACAAGCGUUGAAACCGUACCGGGACAACAACGCCAACUGUCUGCGGCUCAUCACCAGGUCGGCCAGGGUGAACUUGAACAAGCACUGGAAGAGUCUGGAGAAUCUGUUCACGGCCGGGCACGACCGCCGAGCGGGAGACGUCAAGGAACGCGCCCAAAACGCGGCCAACGAGAUGCUGGAGAACGGGGAAAACGAAAGACCCGCGGCGACCCGAUCCAACCCGACGGCGGACGCGGUCGACAAGUUCCGACACUUGCGCAUGGACGACCGUUGACGACCCACUACGAYGACCGUACACUUGGUAUAUGAGAUAUGACGAUUGCUAGGUGCGGGUCUGAUGUUAGAGGGGGGAGGGGGAGAGGAGAAAUCGUAAAUCGUUUAACGCACACAUAUAAUAUUAUAUUAUAUAGGUAUAAUGGUAAACACAACAUUGUAACCGUCAUAAUAAUAAUAUUACUAUGUACACCGCGUGUAGCGUGUACCUCAUGUCUUUCGUUGUUUUUUUUUAAUAUUGUUUAUAUUUUAUAUUUUAUUUUAUUUUACUUAACACAAGCACCCACACGUUUUAUAUUUAUAUACAUGCACCAUUUUUCGCACCGAUUUCGCACUUGUUUUGAUUUGCACAAUCGCACCAACACGCACCACAUAAUAUGCACACUCACACACGCACUUUUAACACAUUAACAGCACUAUAAAUCAUUAAACAUAAUACUUUAUGAUCACUAUUUUAUUAUAAUAUUAUAUCACGUUACCGCACUCGUUAUAAAUAUGCACCACACAUUGCACAUUACUAGAUUUUAAGAAAACAUAUUAUAUUAUUUAUAAAAAAGUUUAAUCGUUCGAUAAAGGACACUGCACCACAUCGCAGGAUAGUCCGGAUCGAUAUUAAUGUAUAUACUGCUGCACUUUAGACUAUUAUGCACAUAGUAUUAUAUUUUGUUAGUUUUAAGUCAAUGUCAGUCAAUAUAUUUAUAUUGGUGACUUCAGCUAAUACGUCUUCCCAAAAACUUUAUUUUUAUACCUAUAAUUCACAUGUCUCACGACGUUGAUUAGAGGAAAUUAGAAUUUAGAAUAUUAGUAUAUGUUAAUUUUUAAGUAUCAAAUCUGUGAUCGUAUGGAAUUAAGUUUUUAUU